AUGGUCGUAACAGAAAAAGAGCACUAUGAAGAGGUUGUACGAACAGCUGAACAAUUUCUAUCACCAGCUGAAACUGCUGUACUUAAACUGGGCCUAUCUCUUCGAAUAUAUUCAGCUCGCGUUGAAAUGUUCUCUCAAAUGGCUCAAAAUAAAAAUGCGUCCCAUUUGGGCUGCGAUAUUUUAGUCGAUGUUGGUGGCAAAUUCACCUGCUCUUUGGAAGACAUCGACCGACUUAUAAAUGAGGAUGACUGGAAACACACAGACACCUACAGUAUAGACCACUUUUACCUAGGAAAACAAGAAACCGACAAAACGAUCAUAUUGUACGGACAAGUAGGAACCAAAGAUUUUGUUCAGUUUCACGAGAAGCUGAAAUCCGUCGCCGAAACUAAGAAAAUUAACUACAUUCUUCGCCAUUAUGUCAAAAACAGGCCUAAUAGAAGAUUGCGUUUAUCCGGUUAUGGAGUCGAAUUACAAAUGAAAUCUACAGAAUAUAAAGCGACCGAUGAUUCGGAUAUUAAAGAUAAUUCGAAUGAAGGAACAGAUGAAUCGAACGAAGGCGUCGAGGAACUGGACGGAAUCAACUUUUCAAUCCUUAAAAAACUCUAUCCGGACAAACAGGAAGAACUAGAUCAGUGGCAAACUCAUCUUUUGGAAACCAGUCACGAGAUUGGGGCUUUGAAAGUCUGGCAGUUUCAGGAAUUGAGUCACCAGGCGGCAGAGAGAAUAAUGAAUUCGCCGCCUACAGAAGCCAUCAAAGUCCUGACUGAUAUCGCUCAAAAUUUUCCAAUGCAGGCAAAGUCACUCAUUAAGACGAAAGUCAAUCCCGAAAUGAAGAAAGAAAUGAACCUGAAUCAGGAGAUUUUCACUGCGAGUUUGAAUCUUCAACCGACAGACACUGCCAUUUUUAUUAACGGAUUGUUUUUUGAUCUGGAAGCCAUCGACGUUCUUACACUUUUGGAAUCCUUGAGAGCUGAACUCAGAAUUAUGGAGGCUCUCCAUAAAAUUGGAUUCAGUAACAAAAAAAUGGGAAAACUCCUGUCUUUGGAUCUGUCUGGAAACGUGGACAGUCAGGAUUUCGCGAUAGACAUAAGAGACUCGGCAAUAAUCUGGGUGAAUGAUAUCGAAAACGAUUCUCGUUACAGUAGAUGGCCAGCUUCCCUGACAGAACUUUUGCGUCCAACUUUCCCCGGAAUGCUAAGAAAUGUUCGUCGAAAUCUGUACAAUUUGGUGAUGAUAAUCGACCCAUUAAGUCCAGAAUCGAUGCCUCUUUUUUCUCUGGCUGAAUCUCUCUAUUCUCACUCUGCUCCUCUUCGACUUGGUUUCGUCUUCAUUAUGAAUUAUGACACUUCUCUCACUGGACUACAAGAUCCGAGCAUCGCUGUCAAUAAUGCUUUCCAUUAUUUUGCGGAAAGCAAAACUCCCAAAGAGGCUCUUCACUUUUUAUCGGAGUUGAGCAAUUUUAUCGGUCCCGAAGGGCCGGAAGUGAGUGAUGUGAAGAAGGCAAUCAAAGCAAGAGAUCCAAAGGCGGAUAUUAGUUACAUUUUGGGCGAGGAAUCCGAAUACGAUGUGGGUCGACACCUCGCGAGUGAUUUCGUGAAACGCACAGGUUUCAAAACCUAUCCGCAAGCUCUGCUCAAUGGCAUCCCUCUCGCCUCAAAUCUACUGAAUGCAGAAUCCUUCGAAGAGGCAGUUUUGUCGACGAUAAUGACGCAAACUCCAGCAAUUCAAAAAGCAGUUUACAAAGGCGAAUUGACCGAAGGAGACGACGUUAUUGAAUAUCUGAUGAGCCAGCCGAACGUGAUGCCCAGGCUGAAUGAGCGAGUUCUUAAAAUGGAGAAGGACAUGUGGUUGAAUCUGAUCGGAACAGUUCCCGAAGAUACGGAUUUCGUCAAGUGGAGUCCACAAGAUAUUUCCUCGUGGAUUAUGAAAAAGUCCCGCUACAUUUUUGUACCGCGUAAGAGUAGUGCGCGACAUUUGUAUUCCUUCUGGGUCGUUUUAGACUUGAAAUUGGCUGAAGGCAGGAAAUUGCUCCAUGAAACGCUCGAGUACUUGGUAGGAAAUUCAGAUGCGAGAGCUGCACUGAUAAUAAACAGUGCAAGCGAGAAAACUUCAAAACCUGGUAUAAACGAAAUAGCAAUUGCUGCUUUGAAUAUAUUGCCUCCAGAAAAGUCGAUGGAUUACCUUCGAAAUUUGAUCAAGGGUGAAGUAGUAGCCAAAAUCGAAGGAAAUCACUUUAAUAUAGAAGAUGAAUCGAUCUCGAAUAAAUUGGAAGAUCAGCAGUAUUUAUCGGAUAUUCUUAAUGUACAUAGUCACUAUUCGAAAAUGGUUUUAAAACUUUCUUCAGGAACUAGAGCUGUAGUUUGCAAUGGUCGGAUAAUUGGUCCUCUUGAUAAAGAGGAAGAAUUUACAAGUGAAGAUUUUUCGCUUUUGGAAAGAUACAGUCAGAGUACUUAUGGUGAUAAACUGUUUAAAACUCUGAUAAAAAGCGAUCUUCUUGAGGAGGAUGACGAAUAUGAAAAGAACGAUGUGACGGACGAUAUGAUCAUGAAAAUCUCGUCUCUUCUUGUACCAAGACCACAAACUCGUAGUCGAUUUGACGUAGUUUUUCAUGGAGAUGAACACAGUGCCAUAAAAAUUCCAGCAGCGAAACCAGAUGAAGUGGCUUUUGAUUUAGUCGCAAUCGUAGACCCAGUUUCGAGAGGAGCUCAAAAAUUGGGUCCAAUUUUGCACACUUUACAGAAAUCUCUGAACUGCAACAUCAAACUUUUCCUGAAUUGCUUGGACAAAAAUAGUGAUAUGCCGCUCAAAAGUUUUUAUCGGUUUGUUCUUGAACCUGAAUUGCAAUUUACUGCCGAUGGAGAGAUAAACGGAGCGAUUGCUAAAUUCACGAAAUUACCAACUUCUUCUCUUUUAACUCAACAUAUUCACGCACCAGAAAAUUGGCUUGUGGAAGUUGUUCGCAGUGUCUAUGAUUUAGACAAUAUUAAACUCGAUAAUGUUGCGAUGGGUGUUCAUAGCGAAUUCGAAUUAGAAUAUUUACUACUCGAAGGACAUUGUUUCGAAGCGUCGAUGGGAAAUCCGCCUCGAGGAUUGCAAAUAACUCUAGGUACGGAAAGUCAACCCAUUAUGGUUGAUACGAUCGUGAUGGCAAAUUUAGGAUAUUUCCAAUUGAAGGCAAAUCCUGGCGAGUGGAUUUUGCGCCUUCGUCAGGGAAGAUCGGCAGAUAUAUAUGACAUAACAACUGUCGAUGGCCAGGAUGUUAUUCAUGAAGGGGCUGAUGUCAAAGUUCUCCUAAGUUCGCUAAGAAGCCACGUUCUCAAAUUAAAAGUCUCGAAAAAACCAGACAAAGCUAACAUGGAUCUUUUGUCUGACGAUGACAAAAAUUCGGGACUCUGGAAUUCCAUUUCGAGGACAUUUACAAAUGAAGAGUCUGAGGAACAGGAUGAGAAGAUCAACAUCUUUUCCCUCGCUUCCGGCCACUUGUACGAACGCUUUUUGAAAAUUAUGAUGCUGAGUGUAAUCAAACAUACCAAGACUCCUGUUAAGUUCUGGUUUUUGAAAAACUACUUAUCCCCAACAUUAAAAGAUUUUCUGCCACAUAUGGCAAAGACUUACGGUUUUGAAUAUGAACUUGUACAGUACAAAUGGCCCCGUUGGCUUCACCAGCAAACUGAAAAACAAAGGACAAUUUGGGGCUACAAAAUCCUAUUUUUGGAUGUUCUGUUUCCUCUGGAUGUGAAGAAAAUCAUUUUCGUCGACGCUGACCAGGUGGUCAGGGCGGAUUUGAAGGAACUGGUAGAUAUGGAUUUAGGAGGAGCUCCCUAUGCCUACACUCCUUUCUGCGAGAGCAGAAAAGAAAUGGACGGAUUCCGUUUCUGGAAACAAGGAUACUGGAGAAAUCACCUUCAAGGGCGUUCCUAUCAUAUCAGCGCUUUGUACGUCGUCGAUUUAAAACGUUUCCGACGAGUCGCAGCGGGAGACAGAUUACGAGGACAGUAUCAAGCUUUAAGCCAAGAUCCGAACAGUCUCUCCAAUUUGGAUCAGGAUCUUCCAAAUAAUAUGAUUCACCAAGUCGCCGUGAAGUCACUGCCUCAAGAGUGGCUUUGGUGUGAAACUUGGUGCGACGAUGCAUCCAAAAAACAUGCUAAAACAAUCGAUUUGUGCAAUAAUCCAAUGACGAAAGAAGCCAAACUACAGGCUGCGAUGCGUAUUCUGCCAGAAUGGGUUGGUUAUGACGAAGAAAUAAAAAAUUUACAACUAAGGAUAGAACAUGAAAGUAGACAAAAUGAAGGGGAAGAAGUUGAAAGUCACAGUGAUUCCAAAAAGCACCAAGAAUUGUAAAUUCUUUAAAAGGAUGAACAUUUUAUUCCAAGGUGUACGUAAUUUUUUUAAAGAAAGCGCCAAGUCUCGUCAUGUUGAGGAACUUGGAAUAAUGAACUAUUGUGAAUGUUGAAUAAUGAAAUUUGUCUCAUAAGAUCAUUUCCGUCUCGCAAUGGUGUUCCAAUUUUGCGAGAGCCAAGGAUUUUGUCCUCCCAGGACCUUGUGAUUUAAUAUUAUUUGUAAUCUGUAAGUAAUAAGCUUGCCAGAUUUUUGUAAAGAAUUCCUUUUUAAUUAUAAGAAUGACCUGAUGAGUAUUUUCUAAUGAAAA